UAUCUGCCCUGACCCUCACCUACGUCAUUGGUCGCUACACUCACUCACCAUCCUCCAUUCCUUACCCGCUUCCCUAAGAGACAGGAUCAGAGCCGAGACAAUGCCGACGUACAUCCACCUCGUCCGCCACGCCCAAGGCUGGCACAACCUGUCCAAAGAAAACGAGGCCAUCCCAGACCCGGAGCUGACCGCGUUGGGCAAAGAGCAGUGCGCCAAGCUGGCCAAGACCUUCCCUCACCACGCCCAGGUCACCCACCUGAUCGCCUCGCCCAUGCGCCGCACCCUCUACACGUGCCUGCUCUCGUUCGAGCCCGUUCUCAAUAACAGCAGCGGCACCAAGGAAACCGCCCGAAAAGUGGUGGCGUUGCCCGAGGUGCAGGAGAUCUCGCCGCUGCCGUGCGACACGGGGAGUCCCGUCGACAAGCUGGCGGCCGAGUUUGGGGACAGGGUUGAUUUGAGUCUGCUCACGCCCGAGUGGAACGAUAAGUCGAAUGGGAGUGCGUUUGCGCCGAGGAUGGGUCAGUUGGAGGCGAGGGCGCAAAAAGCGAGGGUGUGGCUGAGGGAGUUGGGGAGGCAGUUCGCUGCAGCUGGAGGAAAUGUGGAUGCGCACAUCGUGGUGGUUACGCACGGGGGGUUCUUGCACUUUUUGACGCAGGAUUGGGACGGUAUGAAUCCGGCACAGGGGACCGGGUGGCUUAAUACGGAGUGGAGGAGUUAUGAGUUCGCGGGGGACGAUGAUGAGGAGGCAAGGUUGAGAGAGACGAGGGCGAGUUGGAGGAGACGGCGGGGGAGUGAGGUCGGGCUGACGGAGACAGAGCAGAAGGAGUUAAGGAUCGCCAUGAAGGGGCGGUUGGAGGAGGAGUGGGGGGCGUAGGGUGGUGUGACGUGUUGGGGUCGAUGGUGAGAGUGGCAGCUCAUGGCCAUAGGCGGAUAUGUCAUUUGGCUUUUGUUGGUUGCCAUCCGAGAAUAGGACGUUCUUUCCCUAGU